AAAGCGUUUAGUUAAAAAAAGGAUCAAAAACCCCUUACUGGUAUUUAUGCAAGUUUUUAAGAUUAUUAUGAUAUAAAAAUGUGCAGAAAGUAUGUGUAAUCUAUUGUGGUCGUAUGACGAAUAAUUUUUAAAUGUUAUCAAUAAGUUAUUUGAUAAGCUGUUCACAUCAUUUGUAUUCGUUUCAUUAAUUUCAGUAUCGCAAAGUAUCGACAAGUCGUGUUAAAAUUAUUCAUGGUAUGACUACUGACUUAAAUAAGGAAAUGUAAAAAUAUACCUUUGUCGGUAAAAAAUCAAGGCAGCAUGUUAUGUCAGGAGGAUUUUGUUGGGCUUGUCUUCAUAAAUCAACCCAAAACACGCAGUCACAGCAGAACCUGCCUCCAGUGUCGUAUGUGAAGGCCAUAGACGUGUGGAUGUCAUCUUGCUCAGUGUUUGUGUUCCUGUCUCUGUUCGAGUUCGCUGUGGUCAACAACUACAUGGGCCCUGUGGCCACGAAGGCCAUGAAGGGAUAUUCUGAUGAGGACCUGGCGCAAGAUAUGGACGCUUUUAAGCACAUAUUCCCAAACUCAGUGGAUCCGCGAGCCAGCACAUCCGCCUCUAUUGUACCGCAAUACGACACAUUUUGCAACGGCAGGGAGACUGCUGUCUAUAUAGACCGAUUCUCUCGUUUUUUCUUUCCUUUCUCAUUCUUCAUACUCAACGUUGUAUAUUGGUCUACGUUUUUGUAGAAUAGUCUUUAGGAGGUAAGGGUUAAAGUACAAAAUUGUUCACAUUGUUUUUGGGUGUAUUACGUUAUAAUUAAAGUGUUCAGCAUAAGAAUUUUAGUAGUGUUUAAUUAAUUAAUAGGCUAGUUUCCUAAUUAAGAAUAUUUUAAUUUAGUAACGGUUCAUCUUUACUAUUAUGGUAUGUUAUUAUUAAAUUAAAAUUAAAUAAAAUGCUACGACACAUU